AAACUCACACUGCUCAACCUGAUGAAGAUUUGUUUUUUUUUCGUUACAGACCAAACCCAGAAAAAGCUGUAUAAGAUGGCAACCAAUCCAGAAGUGUUGCUGUACACUCUUCAAAACUUUGGGCAAGAGGACCUGAAAACAUUCCAGUGGCAUCUGAUUAAUGGUGUAGAAGGAUUCACCCCCAUCCAAAAGGCUCCUCUGGAGAAUGCUAACAGACAUGACACUGUGGAUCAGAUGGUGCAGAGAUAUGGACACAGCAGAGCUGUAGAGAUCACAUUGGCUAUCCUGAAGAAGAUGAACCAGAAUCAACUGGCUGAGGAGCUAAUGACAAAACUCAAAGACGGAGAGAGCAGUCCGACCAGCAAAAACGCGACAGUAGAGUUUAGCAACGAUCAACAGCACUGCAAGUCCACCCUCAGGCAGCUGUAUGAAAGUGUACUAAUUGGGAAUUCAAAAACAGGCCAUGCAAGGUUCUUGGAGGAUAUCUACACUGAUCUCAUUGUAGUGCGGAAUGAAAGUGGAGGAGUCAUUCACGAACAUGAAGUGAUGCAAAUGGAAAUGUCCCCUAACCGACCUUCUGGUGAGGAAGUUUGUGUCAAAUGCAGUGACCUUUUCAAGGUCCAGCCUGGUACCAGUAGAAGGAACAGAAAAGUGUUGACAAUGGGAAUUGCUGGAGUGGGCAAAACUGUGUCAGUGCAUAAAUUCAUACUCGACUGGACGAAGGGAGAAGAGAAUCAGGACAUAAACUACAUUUUUCCUCUUCCCUUCCGUGAACUGAAUCUGAAGAAAGAUAAGAAGGUCAGUUUGAUUGAACUACUGAAUCAUUGUUUUUUUUCUUCAAAAGCUGAACUGAAGUCUCUUGCAGAAGAUGAUGGUAAAAUUUUGUUUAUCUUCGAUGGACUGGAUGAGUGCCGCUUUCCUCUUUACUUUGAGGAUGGAGAGGAAGUCAAAGAUAUCCAUAAGAAGACCUCAGUAGGAUCACUGAUCACAAAUCUUAUCAACAGAAAUCUGCUUCCCUUUGCUCUAAUCUGGAUAACGUGCCGACCAGCAGCCGCCCAUCUGAUUCCCCGGGACUACAUCAGUCUGGUGACAGAAGUGCGAGGAUUCAGUGAUGAACAAAAGGAGGCAUAUUUCAGCAAAUACUGUAAUGAGGAUAUGGCAAUGAAAAUUGUUUCACACAUAAAGAAAUCAAGGAGUCUCCACAUCAUGUGUCAAAUCCCAGUGUUCUGCUGGAUCUCUGCCACUGUGCUUCAGUCUCUGAUGGGUCAAGACAGCAAUAAGGAAAUCCCCACAACCCUGACAGGAAUGUACAUAAACUUCCUAUUGCAGCAGAAAAACUUAAUGAAAAAGAAAUACAGUGAGAUGACCACAACUGUUGAUGCUGAGCACAUCAUUCUGAAGCUUGGUGAACUGGCCUUCUGUAAUCUUGAGAGUGGUGCGCUGAAUUUCUAUGAAGAUGAUCUCAAGAAAUGUGGUAUUGAUUUCAGUGAUGGCACUGUGUUCUCAGGAGUGUGCACACAGAUUUUCAGUCAGCAGGAGGGAGUUUCUGAGAAGAAUGUUUUCAGCUUUGUGCAUCUGAGUGUUCAGGAAAGCCUUGCAGCUUUAUAUGUGCAUCACUCACACUACAACAAGAAAAGGAAUGCAUUCAAAAAGGGGACAUUCUGGAACAAGUUUAAAUGGAGGAAAAAGAGAAUAACAGAUCUUCAUAAGAGUGCAGUGGAAAGAGCUUUGCAGAGUGAAAAUGGACACCUAGACCUUUUCCUCCGUUUCCUCCUUGGCCUCUCACUGGAGGACAGUCACGGUGUCCUAACUGAACUUCUGCCGAAUCUGAAGAUCAAAGCAGAGAGUGACAGUGGCACAGCUGACUAUAUCAAGAAAAAACUCCAUGAGGAAAUAUCAUCUGACAGAAGCAUGAAUCUCCUCCACUGCCUGAGUGAACUGAAAGACAAUUCACUGAUGACUGAAAUCCAGAAACACCUGACCUCAGGAGAUCUCACAAAACAAGAACUCUCAUCCACACAGUGGUCAGCUCUGGUGUUUGUGUUGCUGAUGUCAGAGGAGACUCAAGAAAAGUUUGAGCUAAAGAAAUACAGGCCUUCAGAGGAAGGACUGAGCAGACUACUGCCAAUGGUGAAAAACACAAGACGAGCUCUGCUAGCUUUUUGUAAUCUUGGAAAAAAGGCUUGUGAAAAUCUGCAAUCAGUUUUAACACUGGAAACCUCUUCCCUGAAAGAGCUGGACAUCAGUAACAAUGACCUCCAAGAUUCAGGAGUGGAGGUCCUCUCUGCUGGACUGAAGAGUUCACACUGUCAACUGGAGAUUCUGAGGCUAGCUUUUUGUAAUCUUGGAAAAAAGGCUUGUGAAAAUCUGGAAUUAGUUUUAACACUGGAAACCUCUUCCCUGAAAGAGCUGGACAUCAGUAACAACGACCUCCAAGAUUCAGGAGUGGAGGUCCUCUCUGCUGGACUGAAGAGUUCACACUGUCAACUGGAGAUUCUCAGGCUAGCUUUUUGUAAUCUUGGAAAAAAGGCUUGUGAAAAUCUGGAAUUAGUUUUAACACUGGAAACCUCUUCCCUGAAAGAGCUGGACAUCAGUAACAACGACCUCCAAGAUUCAGGAGUGGAGGUCCUCUCUGCUGGACUGAAGAGUUCACACUGUCAACUGGAGAUUCUCAGAUUAUCUGGUUGUAUGAUCACAGAGAAAGGCUGUUCUUCUCUGGCCUUAGCUCUGAAUUCAAACCCCUCACACCUAAAAGAACUGGAUCUGACAUACAACCACCCAGGAGGGUCAGGAGUGAAGCUGCUCUCUGCUAGAUUGGAUGAUCCACAUUGUUCACUUAACACACUCAGAGUGGAACAUGGAGGUGAGAACAGAAUCAAACCAGGACUGAAGAAAUAUUCCUGUGAAGUCACUCUGGAUCCAAACACAGCGCACAGUUCUCUCUCUCUGUCUGACGGGAACAGAAAGGUGGUGAAUGUGAGAUCUUCACAGUCGUAUCCUGAUCAUCCAGAGAGAUUUGAUUGGUAUCCUCAGGUUCUGUGUAGAGAGAGUCUGACUGGACGCUGUUACUGGGAGGCUGAGUGGAGCGGAGAGGUUUAUAUAGCAGUAACAUAUAAAUCAAUCAGCAGGAAAGGAUACAGUGCUGACUGUCGGUUUGGAGGGAAUGAAAAGUCCUGGAGUCUGGACUGCUCUAAUAACAGAUACUCUUUCCGUCACAACAAUAACAGCACUGAACUCUCUGCUCCUCCUUUCAGCUCUGAGAGAGUAGGAGUGUAUCUGGACUGUCCGGCAAGCUCUCUGUCCUUCUACAGCGUCUCCUCACACAGACUCACACACCUACACACUUUCAACACCACAUUCACUGAACCGCUAUACGCUGGAUUUUUUGUUUGGGAUUCUGUGUGUUUAAAAUAA